AAUGUGAGAGACUAGACUACAACCAAAUCAAUCUUAUUGAUCUUCUUGGUGCCAUAACAAUGGCGGACAACAAAAGAACGAGCAAGUUCGACUUCUUUGUUCUCUCAAUGUUCUUGGUUAGUCUCUGUCUAGCUCCGGUUCCAACAUCAGCACAAGAUCGGAAACUCAGUUUCGGCGUGAACGGCCAGUUCAAGAUACUGCAAGUAGCGGAUAUGCACUACGCAAACGGCGCGACUACUCGGUGUCAAAAUGUUCUUCCUAGCCAGUUAGCUCACUGCUCCGACCUCAACACCACUGCCUUCAUGUCGCGAGUCAUUGCCGCCGAGAAACCUGACCUCAUCGUCUUCACCGGUGAUAAUAUAUUUGGGUCUGAUGUUAAAGACGCUGUGAAAUCCUUGAACGCCGCUUUUGCGCCAGCGAUUUCGGCUAAGAUCCCUUGGGUUGCUGUUUUGGGAAACCAUGAUCAACAAUCUACGUUGUCCCGGCAAGAACUAAUGAAACAUAUCGUGAAGCUUCCCAACUCUUUGUCUAAAGUGAACCCUCCUGAGGCUGCUCAUUACAUCGAUGGGUUUGGUAAUAACAAUCUACGAAUCCAUGGUGCUGCUGAGUCGAGUCUACAUAACAAGUCCGUUCUCAAUCUCUAUUUUCUCGACAGUGGAGAUUACUCUAGUGUUCAUAACAUAAAAGGAUAUGACUGGAUCAAAACUUCUCAGCAAUUCUGGUUUGACCAGACUUCGAAACGUCUCCAGAAGGAGUACAAUGAAGAGCCUAACCCUCAACAAGGUGCAGCUCCAGGACUAGCUUACUUCCACAUUCCAUUACGAGAGUUUUGGUUCUUCGACUCAAAGAACGCGGCUAAAGGAGUGAGACAAGAAGAAACAGGAUCGGCUACCAUAAACUCGGGUUUCUUCACGACGCUGGUAGCUAGAGGAGAUGUGAAAUCAGUGUUUGUGGGUCACGACCACCUCAAUGACUUUUGUGGUGAACUCAAAGGUUUGAAUCUAUGUUAUGGUGGUGGGUUUGGAUAUCAUGCGUAUGGUAAAGCUGGGUGGGAGAGGAGAGCGAGAGUUGUGGUUGCUGAUUUGAACAAGAAGGGUGCAGGAAGCUGGGGAGAUGUGAAAUCGAUUAGGACAUGGAAGAGGCUUGACGAUCAGCAUCUCUCUGUUAUUGAUGAUCAGGUUCUUUGGAAUAGUUCUCCAAACUGAUCAGGUUUUCCUUGUUUAGUUGACUCUAUGUAUCAAAUAAAUCAUACUUUUGAAUAUAAUAAAAUGUUUCCGUUUAAGAAUAUAAUAAAAUACUUAAGUUACCUUUAA